UUAAUUUACCCUAAAUUUAGCAUUACAGGCAACUUUACCUACAGUGUGUUUAUCCCUCCUGAUAAACUCCCUCAAUCAAAUAUCUCACAUUGUAGAUAAUGAUGUUUACCGUCAAAAAUAUGACAUAAUACAGGGAUCAAAAUCUGCAAAUCCUGGCGAAUAAAGCUGGAUUUGUGUACAUUGUGAGGGCAAAGGGCUGCCUUGGAUGUUUGCUGCAGGGCAAAUAACACACUGGUCCACUGUUCCCUAAAACUGUACUGAUGCAACUAGCUGGUGACGUCAGUCUACCUGAGGAAAGCUAAGCUAACUGUGAAGAAACAAGCACAUGAGUGACAGCAGCACACCAUCCUGUGGACAGAAAUGGAUCAUACGACUCCUGUGGCAGUGGGUCUUGACCCUGACGUGCUGAGAGACCAACUCUUCGAACUAUGGAACCGGAAAGAUCUGCAGACGCUACAUUUGGCAGCCCUCCAGGGAUUUUCAAAGCUGUCUGAGCCUCUGGAGGCUUUACUAACAAUCCUGGAGGGCUGUCCAGGCAAACAGAAGGGCCGGAGCCACACCCUCGGCAAUCACAUCCUCAUGGAAUUCCAGACAUGGAUGAAGGAACGUCCUCAGGUGACCCUGAGCUCACUCUCAGAGCAGCAAGCGAUGGCGCUUCAACAGCGGGCUCUGAGCUUACUAACAGAUACCCAGUCCAACUUUGUAGAUGGUCUCUUAAACAUCUACCAGCUCAAUUCCCUGGAUCCAGCUGUACUCCGACCGUACAUUAUCAGUCUGCAGGCUCUUCACUGCUACAAAGAGGCAGCAGUGCUCAGCAUAAAGCUGAACUUACAGAAAGAGCUGGAUAUGGAGGAGAUGUGUGUACCACUAAUCUUGCAGAAUAAGAUGGCAUUGGCAGAGUCCUUCGUCACAGGCCACAAUCAUCUAGAACAAAGACUGGUCACAUUGCUGGACUCGUGGUGCCACCCCAGCUUCAGUGUGGAAGAGAUAAGCAUGCGGUUCCCGCGCUUCUCUCUGACCAAACAGUGCUUGAGCCUGAUCCAGCCCAAGAUGCUCACCAAACAUGUCUUCAGACUCGUGGAGAAAUUCAACAUUGAUCAAGGACUGUGUCCCAAUGCUCUGCACAAGAGGAGAUUGGACUCAUUACGUUACCUCAUGUACAAGAGGUUUGUGGAGAAAGGCAUGACAGAGGAGAACUGGAGUGACCACGUACAGUACGUCGUGGCAGAUGACCUUGAGCUGCAGAUCCAUUUGGUGGAGAUGUUGGUGAAGUACGGCGGUCUCCAGAAAGCCUCUCAGUGGUCACUGAGAUACAACCUCCCCAGAAAUCGACUUCCCUGUGGGGUAUGGGAUACGCAGCAGAGUCUACCGCCUGAUCUACAACAGAUAGGUCCGAGUGGCUCAGCAAGAACUGAGCAGUGGAUACCAUCUCGGUCUCACUGUAAGAAGUUCUACCAGGUGCCGCUCACCAAAGACAAGGUUAAUUUUGUGGACUCGCCGGAAGCUCUUCAGAGAUGUCGAAACUUUGUGCUGAAGGAGGGUGGAAUAGUAGGAGUUGACAUGGAGUGGCAGCCCACGUUUGGCUGUAUCUCAACUCAGCAAGUUGCCCUGAUACAGCUUGCAGUUUUGGACCAGGUUUUCUUAUUAGACCUUUGUGCCAACGGAUUCUGUGAACACCCAGACACUAUUAGCUUCAUCAGGAGCUUGUUCUCCGAUGGAAGCCUCCUUAAACUGGGUUAUGGUAUGUCAGGGGAUCUCAAGUGUCUCUUGGCCACCUGGCAGCAGCUUUUAGAGGAGCCAUUGAAGAUGGAGGGGAUGCUUGAUCUUCUUAAUGUACACCAAAAGAUCCAGCGUCGAAAGGUCUAUAGGACUCAAAAUGGAUCCAAAGAGGUUAUGGUAGGAGAGGACUCUGCAGAGAAAGGCCUCAGUCUGCUGGUACAACAGGUCCUGGGACGGCCCCUAGACAAGACGGAGCAGAUGUCCAACUGGGAGAAACGGCCACUGCGCAUCAGCCAAAUUAGAUAUGCAGUGGCAGAUGCCUACUGUUUGCUGGAUGUGUACUCCGUCCUCUCCGGUAACCCAACUUACUUUGGGCUACCAGCAGACCUGCGCAGCAUCUCGUCGAGCAAAUCAGAAAAGAGCGACAAGAAGCAGAAGGAGAAACAGGCCCAUGGCAAAGAGGAAUGUCAGGGAGCUCAAAGGGUCAGUCCCCCUCGCUCCGACACAGAGAAAGGCCUCCUGUGUGGCGAGAAGCCCUCUGAAGACGCCCCCCCUCGGCUCCCUCAGCUCCCCCAGCCCCCCCAGCAGUUGCGGGUGGUGUGUGACAACAUGCUGCAGGGACUCGGGAGGUACCUGCGCUGUUUAGGAGUCGAUGUGGUCAUGCUGGAGAACACUGAUGAUCACAGAGUAGCGGCAAAGUUAGCACAAGCUGAAGGCCGUUUCAUACUCACAUGUGGACAACCGUUCCAAAGUCUGCGGUCCCAGGUAGGCGAGGGUCGCUGUCUGUCCUUAGACUGUUCAGAAAAGGCUAGAGACCAGGCUGUUCGAGUCCUCAAACACUUCAAUAUCCAGCUCACUCCCAGCGAUAUAUUCAGCCGCUGCCAGACAUGCAGGAGCUGCGGAGGAGGCACCAUCAUGCCCUCCUUCGGGCUCUCUGUGACAACUGAAAACUCCAGUAGUUAAGUGGCGCCGUGGAAAAAUCUUCAUGUCCUGCAGCAAGCCAAGAAAUCAGCCGUCUUCAAAUCUUAAAUGAAGGCUCAGAGCUACCAUCUGUGUUCAUUAAAAACAUAAGGCACCGCAGGACCUCACCAUUUUGACCAAGCUUGUUUUGUCGUGUCCAUUUCCAUGAGAAUGCAUAUUUGUUAAUAUCACUGAGACAUUUGUCAUUUUGUAUUUCACUUUCUUCAUAACUCCUUUGCUUUAUUUACUUGUCUAUUAGAUCUCUGCAGGAUCUUUGCAUUUGUAACUAGCUGCUUUUUGAUUAAUUAUGGAUAGAACUUGCUUCCAUCCAGGUUUGCGUGUGUGCGAGACGGUGUGCGUGUCGUGCCUGCCCGUCCGUGGCUUAGCCUUGAGAGUUCAGAGCAGGUUCUGGCUUGCUCUACUCUGGGAAACUUUGAGCUGAGCAAAUAGCUGGGUCUGUUUUCCUGGCUGCCGCCGCACUCGUGAGCCAUGUGUAUGCGCUGCGAGCACUUGUAUGCAUGCGGUCUAUGCGCACUGUAGUGUGCGAAUUGUAAAGUGUUGUGUCUGUGUGGUGAAUUUGUGUGUGUGUGUGUGUGUAAGGCAGAAUACAAAGAGGAGAAUACAGAGUGUACUGAGGGAGAGAUGAGCUUCAUUCCCACAGACAACACAGGAGAUGACACCUCUGCUAUUCCCACACCUCCACUGUCUAGCCGCUCUCUCCCGUCCCGACCUCAGUUACCGCAGAGGCAAACACCGCUCUGCAUGUGCACACAUAGGAGAGGACACACUGUUGCGUUGGGUGGGUGGGUGUCUGCUCCCGAUUUUGCAGUCUUCGCUAAACUUUUCCUGGAUAAAGAGAGACAAACUGGCUUUAAGUGAGCGACUGGAGUGGUUUGAUUUACAGCCCACCUCUAAGUGGAAUGCUGUUUGCUGGGUGGAGCUCAGGUGUGUUUACAAGGCUUUUAGCACUGACAUGCUGUCAGGACGGCCUACAGACGAGUGUGUGUGUGUGUGUGCGCACGUUAGGGGCCGGCAAACAAGAGGUUACUAAUGUCCCACCAUGGGAGACCGUUACCACCUUUACCAUGAAGAGCCAGGACAGCAUGGCCAUGUGAACGUUAGUGAGGCGUAAACGCUCUCUCGACACACACACUCACACACUGAUAUGAUCUUUCUGUAGCACCCCUUUCACGCCAAAGCACCCACUAAGGAAAAAUGUCUGUGUGUGAAUUGGUCAACACAGGUUUUCAUGCUCUAAGACCCCGGUCUACACCUGGUUUUAACAAAGGUCUGACACUUUACGACUUGAAAAGGUGAACUCUGGUCACUAUUGAUACCAUAGCGUUACUAAAGUAAAGUUACACUUACUUAAACUACAUUUUCGUUUUAAAACGCAUAACUUUUGCGACGUUUAUGCCUA